UCUCAGUCAGCUAUUAUGAGUUUCAAAAUUCAGCCAAAUGGUUUUGAUACAAAAGCCAUUCACGCAGGACAGAGUCCUGAACAAUGGAAAAGCGCUUGCGUAAUACCCCCAAUAUCAUUAAGUACUACUUUUAAACAAGAUGCGCCGGGGGAACACAGGGGAUAUGAGUAUUCGAGGAGUGGUAAUCCCACAAGGAACGUUUUGGAAACCUGUUUGGCUGCGCUUGACAAUGCAAAGUAUGGUCUAACAUUUUCUUCUGGACUUGGAGCGACAACUGCAGUGCUAACAAUGCUGAAGAGUGGAGAUCACAUAAUUGUGGGCGAUGAUGUGUAUGGUGGAACAAAUCGACUUGUGAGACACGUAGCCUCACGCUUGGGAAUAUCUGCUACUUUUGUGGAUCCAACAAACUUGGAAAGUGUUAAAGCUGCAAUUCAACCUGUUACAAAGCUGAUAUGGAUUGAAUCUCCGACCAAUCCUUUAAUUAAAGUUGCGGAUAUAAAAGAAAUAGCAACUAUAUGCCACGACAUCAGAGAUGAUUUAAUUUUAGCCGUGGACAAUACGUUUCUGACAUCAUAUUUCCAAAGGCCUCUUGAAUUGGGUGCUGAUUUGGUAUGUUAUUCACUUACCAAAUACAUGAAUGGGCAUACUGAUGUGGUAAUGGGUGGAAUCACCAUGAAUUGUGAUAAUCUCUAUGACAGUCUGAAGUUUUUGCAAAAUGCUGUUGGUAUAGUUCCCUCGCCAUUCGACUGCUACCAAGUAAAUCGUAGUCUUAAAACUCUUUCACUCCGAAUGAAGCAACAUCAACACAACGCCAUUAAAAUAGCUAAAUUUCUGGAAGCACAUGAGUUUGUAGAUAAGGUACUGCAUCCUGCUUUACCUUCACACCCUCAGCACCAAGUCGCGCUUAAACAGACCUACGGGUAUAGCGGAGUGUUCUCUUUUUAUAUAAAAGGAGAAUUAAAGCACUCUACUGCCUUUUUAAAAGCUCUAAAGCUUUUUACAUUAGCUGAGAGUCUCGGAGGAUACGAAAGCUUGGCCGAAUUACCAUCCAUAAUGACGCAUGCAUCUGUUCCAAUUGAAGACAGGAAAUCCUUAGGAAUCUCUGAUGCGCUUAUACGGCUUUCGGUUGGUCUUGAGGAUUCCGAUGAUUUGAUAAAUGACUUGAGUCUUGCACUUGAAAUUGCUUCAAAAAUAUAAUUCGCAGAAAUGAAUACUACUUCGCACAUAUA